AUGAGAGAGUUGCUUCUACCUGUUCUGCUGCUCUGCGCACUUUGUAGAGCAUCAGUGCAUUACCCUUUUGAGGAGUCAUUGGAGCUUAGGCCUUUGGAGCGCAACAACCUGCUUGCAUCGUUCGAUUUUAAAAUCAACUCUACGGAGUUCGAGUUGUACGAGCCAGAAGACAAGACGUUCCAUUAUUCAACAUUUUCCAAGCUUUUAGGACCCAUUCUCCAGGAAACAAACACAAGAGAACUUCACCUUCGGUUCAGCCAGGGAUGGUACGACCCUGAAGUUUAUGGAGAGCUUCCGUACAAAGGAAAACACGGUGGGGGAACAGGCGUCGAAUUGUGGGCGGUCCUUGAAGGCCAGAACGAGGACACUGUCUUCAAGGACUGGAUCAAGCUGGCCAACUCGCUGUCGGGUCUUUUCUGCGCCUCCCUGAACUUCAUCGACUCUUCAUCAACAACCUAUCCAGCGACGGUAUUCCAGCCAGCAGCUCCUAUGUUGGAACAGGGUCUGUCUUUGAAAAAUGAUCUUUUUCUCUUAAGAAGCGCUUUGCCCAGGGAACCUGUUUGCACUGAAAACCUUACGCCCUUUCUGAAACUUUUGCCAACUAAAGGCAAAGCAGGUAUCUCGUCAUUACUCACCGGACACAAAGUUUUCAACUCGCAGUGGUCCUCUAUGUCAAUUGAUGUCACCACCCACUGCUCAGGAACAAAGUGCCAUUACGAAAUGGAACAAUCCAUCAAUCUGAUAUUAGAUGUGCCAAUGACUCUGGAACGCAACAGAAUGCCUAUUCCCAAGCCCACCCCUGGCUCAGAGCUCAAAUGCGACCCAACAAAACCUUUUGAUGCGUUCCAUUGUUUUCCUCUGGAUGAUAUCUCGGAGUUGGAGUUCUCGUUGGCUGACCUCUUCGGCAAAAAGAUUCAAGGUGGUGCAUUACUUGCGUCACAACCAACUAAAAUCUGUGCAGACCUGGAUUUGGAGUCUUGGAGCAUGGAAGUUCAAACUGAUAGUCAGAUCGUACCUAAAAUUGAGCAAGAAAAGACUUGUUUUGUGAUCGAAAACACAAAUGAGCAUGAUGUGCUAUUCAGAGCAAAAGACACAAAAAAAGUCAAGUCUUUGAAAAGUCCUCCAAUUCUUGCAUCCAGAUCUCUCUCUGGCUACUCUCAGGAUUCCGGGGGGUUUAGAAUAGAUGUGAAAAAUCCUACCGAUGAAGACUUGGACAUCAUUAUUUUCGAAUCGAUACCAUGGUUUGUCCGCAUUUACCUUCACACCCUGACCUUAAACAUUAAUUCGACAGUCACGCACAUUGUAUCGGAUCCCCAGUUUGACCAAUACGUCAAAGGCAUAAUAUAUAAUCCAGCAAUUGACAGACAAAAACCGUCACACUUGGAACUGCUUGUCGGCAUCCCUGCACACACGAAGAUCAAACUCUCUUUGGAAUUUGAUAAGGCUAUGCUAUUAUACGCUGAGUACCCACCAGAUGCAAAUCAUGGUUUUGAGAUUGAACCGGCAGUGAUUUCGGUCCUUGACCGCAACUCUCAUAAUGUAGUCUACGAAAUGAGAACUACUACAGCACUACUAACGAUUCCGACGCCCGACUUUUCGAUGCCUUAUAAUGUCAUUAUUUUGACUUCCACAGUGAUGUCGUUGGCUUUUGGUUCAAUCUUCAAUCUGUUGACAAAACAGACAGUGACAGAGGAAGAAGCAGAAUCGAGGGUGAAGGAAAGUAGGAUUACCAGAUUGAGAUCUAGAAUCAAAGAACGCGUCCAACGCAUCAAAAGUUUAUUUAGACGUUCAUAA